CUACCAAACAACUUUUCUCUUUAAAUUUUAAGACAUUUUUUUAAUAAAAUUUUUUAAAUUGUUUUUUGUAUAAUCUGAGCCUCAGAUUCUGAGAUAUAUGUAUAUACAGAUGUAUAUAUAUGUGGGGUCGGAACCCGGUUUUUGUGAGUUCGACCCUAAUAAAAACGCACUUUGUCUUUUUUUUUAAAUGUUUAUUUCACUUUCACAGUGACUUAAUUUGUAUUACACUUGCAGUUUUCUUAAAUGAGUAAUUAAUUGACAAACACAAGUAUGUAAGUCUAGUAUCGAAAAUGCACAAGUAAAUUUGAUGUAAAAAAGUAAAUCUGAUAUUGGAAAAACACAAGUAAAUCUGAUAUAAUGGCAAAAUGCACAAGUAAGUCUGAUAUAAUUGGAAAAAUGCACAAGUAAGUGAUAUAAUCGGGAAAACACGAGUAAGUUUUGUAUAAUGCUCAACCGCACGCUGCUAAGUUCAGAGUCAGAAUGUCGCCUGUCAGUCCGCGGGUUGGCUACUUGGUUCGAGUCAGCGUUGUUUAUUCUGUAUUGCGCACGGUUGCUAUAUUUAGCACGGUCGCAUUUUGUUCGUACGCGAUCUUGUUGACGUCCCACAUAUAUUAUAUUAUUAUAAAUAUUAUAUUAUAAAUGAUGACAUUUUUGUUAUUAUUAAUAGCAAUUCAGCCAUUCAAUUUAAUCAGCCCCAUCGCGAAUUUUCCCAGUUCUGAUCAUCAGAAUAAGCUUCAAUGAGCGUGGCUGAUAUUUACACCUGCAUGAAAAACAAAAAUGCUGAAGGGAGUAGUGUUAGAAUUCAAGAACGGUUGUUAACUUGUUGGUACGCUUACGUUAACAAGUCAAACAAGAGCUUAUAAAGUGCAAUCAUAUAAUCUAUACUUCAUACUUCACGUGUCAGUCAGUUGUUAUUAAUUGUGUUUUGUGUGCAAAAACGCUCCAUUUGAAGAUAACAUGUCACAAACUGAUCAAUUGGUUUUUGGAGAAAGCGACUUCUCAAAUGAUGAUGAAAUUUUGGACAAGAAUUACGUACCAAGUCCCCGCAAGAGGAGAAGGGUCUUCAAAAAAAAAAUCUGGAAGCUCUUUAAAAAACCAGUCUUUUGAGGUGUCUGGAAAAAAUAGUUUUUCAACGCGAGAUUUUAUACGGAUAUUGUAAAAGUUAGUUCUUAUGUCCAUAUGGUUCAAAUUAGUUAGUGUUGAUUUAGUAUUGUUUGUUUUAAAAUUUAAAUUGUUGUGUUUGGUGUUGUUGUAAGUGUUUAAUGAAUUGAACUUUGAAAAUUAUAUUCAUAUACUACAUAUGAAUUCACAGAUUUCUGAUCAGAAUAAGAUGUCGACAAUUGCAAAAUGUGUCGGAUGUGAUCGGAAGAUAAGAGCUACUGGUGACGUGACCUCCAAUUUCAAACAUAGCGAAUUGUAUGCGGAAUACAAAAGUUUGAAGUCGGGCAGCCCUGUUGGCAAUUCUGCGCAAGCUGUCUUCGAUAGAAAGCUUUUGCAUGCUAUUGUUGAUGGAGCACCGCCUGUCAAGAAAGAAGGUCUCUCAUAGACCUCUUGCAGACCAGUGGCAUGAAGAUAAUGAGCAGGCAAGCAGCUGUAAAAAAAUUGAAGGAGCAUUAUGGUGAAGUGGUACAUAAAAUCAAGUCGGAAAUGGCCUCCGUAAAACACUUCUGUACAACCGGGGAUAUUUGGUCUGGGAACCACCGGAGCUUUUUGGGGUAUACUUGCCAUUGGCUCACAGAGAACCUUGAACGCAAGUCGGCUGCUCUUGCUUGCAGGAGAAUAUUCGGCGUGCACUCAGCUGAAAAAAUUGCGCAAAUAAUUGCCGAAAUUAAUGCCGGCUUUGGUCUGAGCCCGUCCAAUGUUAUUAUGACGGUGACAGACAAUGGAUCCAAUUUUGUUAAGGCCUUUAAGGAGUACGGGUGUAUGGAAACUUGAAACUUCUCAUGAAGAUGAAAGCGAAAACGAUUUGCGAGUUUUCCAAAACGAGCUGCUGCUGCUAAAGCAUCUUCGAUGUUGCAGCCACACGCUGAAUUUACUUGCUUCCGCCGAUUACGUGAAGAUUUUGAGAAGUGAGCAGGCUUUGUAUAUCCAACAGCUUGUCACAAUGUUCUCCGAGCGAUUUGCUGUAUCUGGAGAUGUACCAGUUGUUGAUGGGGCCUAUUGCUCGUGCCUUGGACUACCUUCAAGGAGAAAAUAACGUGAAUUACGGCUGCUUAAUUCCGACUCUGAUGACCCUCAGCAAUAGAUUAAAUAAGCUGCAAAACAAGCCAGAAAUGCAGCAAGUUUCCCCUGUGAUUGCUAAGUUGGAGCAGCGUUUGAGAGAUCGGUUUGACGCAUUUUUUACUUUAAAACCAGAGGCCAAUAUAGCACUAGCGGCAACUGUACUAACUCCAGAUAUUAAAAUGAGCUGGAUCAAGAUGUUGCAAAGGAUAAAACCGGAGGUGACAGCAGCAGACAUAAGAACCUGGGUUUUAAACACAAUUUGCGAUUUCUAUGCAAAAGAUAAUCGUGCUUUCAAUGCACAAAUAUUGAAAAGUAAUGAAUUAUUUGCAAAAAAUAGGCAUUUUGAUUCUGACCUCAACGACACAAAUAACGAAGAAGGAACAAAUGCUACUCCUGACCCAAGUGGUAGUGAUCGUCGGGCUUUUUUGACCCAUCACUUUUUCUGUUACUUAAAUGACAAUUCAAGAACAGACGACACUUGGGUAAAACAUUGCAGUCUGAAAGAAGCUUUUGUUGCCUUUAAUACUCCCCUGACAUCCUCAGCACCAGUAGAGAGGCUAUUUUCCUUUGCGGGGAUAGUGAACAGUCCAAGACGCCAGUCAAUGUCGGACUUAUCAUUUGAGAAAUUGGUGUUAUCUUUAUUUGUUGUACAAAAUUGAAUAAAAAAAUUUAUUAAAAAUUAAAAAAAGCAAAAAGACCAAAGUUGUUUGGGGUUUUAGAUUGAAAAGAAUCAAAAAUAAUCAAAAAGAAUCGCUGAAAAGAAUCAAUUAUUUAUUUUGAUUAUUUUUGAUUCUUUUCAGUAAUCCAGAGUAAUCCUGAUUAUUUUUUGAUUACUUGUAAUCUUAAUCAUUACGUAAUCUACUUGGGACCAAGAUAAUCGUAAUGUAAUCAAUACAAAGUAAUCAGAUUACUAAUAAUUACGAUUAGUAAUCAAAACUUAACAGGUAUGAUUUAAAGCAAUACCCCUUU